AAAGCCGUCACUAACACUAACACACAUCACUUUGACACGUUUGCACAAUUCCUGGAGACGAUCCCGGAGCACACAAGCUUUGAGAGUGACAAUCUAACUUUAAAUACUCUGUCUGCAUGCACCGAAACUAAUCAAGCUAACAGCACUACUAACACAACUGAUUUAAAAGAAACGAGCCUGCAUCAACCUCUGAGUCAUGCAUCGUCAGUAAAGCUCGACCGCAGCUCCCCGGAUCCUAGCUCAUCGGGUCUCGGCAGUUCUGCAGAAGAGGAUUUCCUCUCCUGCCUCUCUUCCUACUCCGACAAAUUCUCCCCGUCCUCCUCCGAGGAAACUGAGGCGCAGAACUUUGAGAGCGGCAUCCUCAGCUUUGAGAAAUCUCCUGAGUCAGCUGCGGUGAAGGAUUUAAAGACAGUAGAGUCUGAAGAUGACACUGCUGACAAGUCAGUGGAUCUGUCUUUAGUUGAUGUUACCCAGCACACUGUUAUUCAGGACGGAGAUGGAUGUGAAAAGGUUGGAUUGGACAGAGAAUUGGAACCACAGCUUCCAGUGCUAAUCCAUCUUCAUCGUGUGAUCACUGCAGAAGAGACUGGAACACAAGGGGGCCAAACUGAAGCACCAAAACUGUCAAUAUCUGACGUUUCUUUACAGGCUGAAAGCAAUUUAAACAGUUUGGACGGGACGUUGGACCCACAGUUUUCAGCGUUCACACAUCAGCAGACUGUAAUUCCUGCAAAAGAGACGGGAACUGAAGCUGAAGACUUUUGGCUACAGAAUCUCUCAGAACUACAGCCGAAACCAAACGUCUCUUUACGACCCAUCGAAGAAAACGGAGAAGACAUUUUGGGGGAAUUCAGCGAAUCUGUAUCAGUUUCAGAAGUUUUAAAUGAUUCACCAGAUCAAGAACUCUGCUCUGCACAACCGUUGUUACGCAUCAUAACGUCCUCCCCUGACCCGAACUCUGCAGAGCCGCUUGUUGAGAUCACUACUUCAGAAAGGCGGGAUACUAGCCGACAAUCCCCGAUACCCUUUGGGCUUCUUGGUGGUUUCCUCAACACGAGUAGCAUAGCGAUAAAUACGAGCCGAUGCAUGGACGAAACACUGUUGCAAACACCGAUGUCCGAUAAGAGCAACAGCAGCUUUCUGCAAAGCCUUUAUGUCAGCACCGACUCGCAGGCUUACCAAAGCUGUGUGUCCGACCCGGCCUCCAAAUUCUCCAGCGAGUCUGAGACAAAUGAGACUCUGGACUCUGUGAACUUAACGCUUUGUGGGGAUCUGAGUGAAAGUCAGGCGACUGCUGAAGACGCUCAAGACGAUGCAACCAAACCCGACUCCGCCCAAUGUCAUCAAUCCUUCCCUAGAGCUUUGGACGAUACAGAAACUCUCGAGCCAAGUUUUACUACGAGCAAUAUUUCAGGUGCUACUCUCCAACGCUCCCACUCUGAAGGCGACUUGACUUCUGCCUUCCAAGAGCUUCUCCUGCCCUCGUUUGGGAGCGAUCCCGGUGCAAUACAGGGUUCCUCUUCAUCAGCUCAGCCCAGCCCCCCUGACCUCCCCUCUCUCGCCGCCUUUCCUCCCUCUUUAACUCCUGAUCGUAGCAGCUCCCCCGUAGUGCUCUUUCCUCCCCCUUCUCUUGCCGACGCUACGGCGAGUUUACCAACCGGCGCGACACAAGCUACAGCGCCAAAGCCGGUGCCUCUGGAGACCGAUUGGCAGCGGCAGGCGGGCUAUCCGGAGGAGAACAGCCCCCACCCUGUGAAGCCCCUGACCACUGCCAUGCUGGCUGAGGAGAAGCGGACUGAGGGCCGGUCAGUGCUGGCCACCGGCCUGGAGAAGCUCAAGUCCACCAUCCACCCGGGGAGGAGCAGCAGCCAGAUCAGUGAGCCGGAGCCGGAGAGGAAGAAGUCUCUGACAGAAGGCGCCGGCUCGUAUUACCACCUGACCCACAGCGAACUGGUCGCCCUGCUGUUGCAGCGGGAGGCGGAGCUGGAGAGGCAGAAGGCGGAGUUUGAGCGUCAGAAAUUCCUGCUGGCCAAGCGGGAGGUGGAGCUGAAGAAGCUGAAGCCGCAGGUCAAAGAUCUGGAGGACUACAUAGACACGUUGCUGGUGCGGAUCAUGGAGCAGAAACCCACGCUCCUGCAAGUGCGCUCCAAGUUAAAGUGAGGAGGAAAGGGGUUUGCAGUUCACUCUAACCUCCACAACAGCUCUUUAGUCUUUUCACUGCUAUGCUGUCCUUUUUGAUACAAAUAUCUUAGAGCACUGAGAGAUGUCGAGGAGAUUGUUUUUUCCAGCCGGCAUGCUUUUACUGUGCUGAGACGCGUCCUCGUGGAGGGGGUUCGGUACGGGGAGUUUCUGAAUGUAGAGGGUCCUCAGGUUGUUUUCAGGUUCACACAGAAAGGUUGGUUUUUAAGUUCACAGAGGAGUGACACCCAGACGCUUCCCGAUUGUUAAAAAAAAAAAAAAAAAAAAAAAGAGUUUUCACCUCACCUGUCACUUCUAUCACCUUAUCUCACAAAAAAAGAGAGAAAUGGUCGAGUCUCAAUCCAGGACAACGUAAACCCCUCUCCAAAGGUUUUGCCGUCCGUCUGUCAGGAAGGGAGGAGUCACAGCGUCGCCUGUUUUAUCUCAUUAACCACAGAUUCCAUAUUCUUUAAGUCAAUGUUUGCAGUUUCUGCAGCGUUAGAUUGAUUAGAUACCUUCCUUCCGGGCAGCCUUUGGUUUCAGUUCAUUUCACAGCAGAAUGAAAAUCAACUUGCAGAUACUUGAAUCGUGCUCUGAACAAGCUUCUGUCACAGUGAACAUGUUCAAGCCUUUGUUUUGUUUUUCACAGCAGCGUUCUGAAGGGAGGAGCGCAGCGACCGUGCUCUGCAGAAAACACCUUAUUGUUCAAAGACGUUAGAUUCAGUUUAGAGAAAGAAAUUCAUGUAUGAGCUCGAUAACAGUCCUUUAAAUUCAUUAAUUCUCAUUUCAUUUGAGAGAUGUUUUUUUAUUUAAUGGACUUACCUUUUGGCUUAAAAUUCAGAAAGUCAGGGCGACGAUGGGAUGACGGUUGGUGUGCACCCAAUAUAUGAGGCUGCGGUCCUCCAAGCGGGCGGCCCGGGUUCAGAUCUGACCUGCGGCCCCUUUCCCACUCUCUCUCUCUCUCUCACUCUGAUUUCCGACUCGGUCUACUCUCCGGUCUCUAAAGGCACUAAAAAAAUCAGAAAAAUUGUAAUAAUAAUUCAGAAAGUCUCGACAACUGCAAGAUAACGAGAAGCUGCCAAUCCUCAAACUCUGGAUUUCUGUGUCGUAAUUUAAACAAUAAGCCGACCAACAAAACUGACGACUCGUUCUUAAACAGUCUCCAAAUCCAUCGUACAAAACCAGUCAGACAUUAGUGAACUGUACCGGAUGUUUUUGAAGCAGACGAUCUGGUUUCAGAUUUGAGAAGCAUCAAAGUUAUCAGGACAGUCCCUUCUCCAAACUGCUGUAUUACACAACACGUUAACACCGACUGCAUCUUAAAGUAAACACAUUCUGUUCACUGCAGCGGAUCUCAAGCAUGCUUCAAGUUUCUGCAAGUGUUUCUUCACGGUUCAGGGAGCGGGUCGACAUUUUUUGAAAGCACCUUUGUUUGUUUUUGAUGUGCAGAUAUUCGAUCAGAUGAAUGAAUGAGAUAACGUUCUCAUGUCAGUAAUAUAAACACUGAGGUGAAGCCAGGAAGCAUUUAGCUUAGUUUCAGACAGGAAGUUGGAGGAAACAAGGAGCCGUGCUAACUGCAAAGCUCUGAAGAUGAAACACCAAUCAUUUGACCUUAAAAAUGAAAACGAUUACAGAGACCAGGUUUGGCUUUAACAGCGGCAAGGUGCAGUUAAGGCAACCUCAUGGUGACCACGACUGACUGUAUAUAAAAAAGGACGUCGCGCCUCCACCUCCUCCUGGUGCACAAAAGUGAAGCCAAAUAAUAAAAAACCCUGUGACAUUCGCUGACAUAUUGUGCUGGUGAUGUGAUUUGGAGCGCCUUCCUCUAACCGAAAACACUCGUUUCACUUACAGAUAAAACUUCAAAUCUCCCUCAGGUUGUUUCAGUCCUCGAGUCGGUUUGAAUCAAACACGAUUAUGGAACUUCAACAACACUUGUCAAGGUUUCUUUAUUCGUCUCCCUAAGGAGAAAUUUUGUCUUGGCUACUAGGAAAUUGCUGCAUGGACAAUACAUCAAAACAAUAUAAAAACAGUAAUUACAAAUGUGCAAAAACAUUAGCUUGUCCCUGCUACAGCUUGUGUUAGCAUUCGUUAAGUUAAAUGCUAAACCGGUGCAAACAGUGUUGUAGUCGCCUCAUUGCUCAACAGAGCUGUCAAUCAUAACCACAUUCUUCUUAUUUAGCAUCAAAUAACUAAUUUAAAUAAACUUCUAGGGAGAAACUUUAACAACAAAAACAAUGUGUGAGAAACAGUUAUUUAGUGUGUAUUUGAUUUUUAUAGUUUCACCUAUUGUCCUAUUGGUUAACGCAGAGGAGGCGGGGCUAAUGACCUUUACUGUAGCCGGCCAGCAGGGGGAGCUCUAAAUGUUUUGGCUUCACUUGAGGCGAGGUGUUUCGCUGUCCAUUCUUCAUACAGUCUAAGCUAAACAAAUCACCUCCUUUACUUUAGAGAUUUUGAAGUGUUAUCGAUCUUCUUGUCUGACUUCAGUAAAUGUAACAAAAUGAAAACCUGUUUAUUAUCUCGAGUUGACUGAAACAAAAAAGAAAACCAGUACAGACUCUAACGUCUCCAUCUGGCACCAGUUCGUCCCGUCUGUGUUUACGUUGUUCUGGAGUGACUCUCUACAAACGUUCCCGGGUGAAUAUCGAGCGCUCUGACUAGUUAUCGAAACCACAAAACCAAACGACGGCGUGCGAGCUCGGCCUCGCCGCGUGCACGUCGCCGGGAUCUGACUGUAGCUUCUGAAUGUUCAAAAGUGUUCUUAGCCAGCGAGUGAAUGGUUUGAUUUUCUACGAGCGAUGACGACUGCUGCUGUUUAUCUUUUUGCUUGUUCCUCUUCUUCUUCUCUUUUUUUUUCUGUUCUAUGGGCAUGUCUUGAAAUUACCCAUGAUGCUCAGCGUAAUAAGCUAACUGAUACUUGUGUGGGUCGCGGUGUUAUCGGGCGAAGACAGUUAUCACGCAGCGCGUCACAACUUCUCUGAUCUCAUGCUUCUGCCUUCCCGUGUUGUCAACACGACUCGACUUGAUUCCCUUUCCUUCUCCCUCGCCUUUUCCUUCUCCCUCGCCUUCUCCCUUUCCUUCUCCCUCGCCCUUUCCUUCUCCCUCGCCUUCUCCCUCGCCCUUUCCUUCUCCCUCGCCCUUUCCUUCUCCCUCGCCCUCGCCUUCUCCUUCUCCCUUGCCUUCUCAAUCAGCCUCACCUUCUCACUCACCUUCUCCCUCGCCCUCGCCUUCUCCCUCGCCUUCUCCUUCUCCCUUGCCUUCUCAAUCAGCCUCACCUUCUCACUCACCUUCUCCCUCGCCCUCGCCUUCUCCCUCGCCUUCUCCCUCGCCCUCGCCUUCUCCCUCGCCCUCUCCCUCGCCUUCUUCCUCGUCUUCGCCUUCUCCCUCGCUGUCCGUGUGUCACGUCCACUCCCGCUCGAGCACGCCGCAUCACCUCUGCUUCCAGGUGUUACAAAGGGAUAUACGCCGUAUUGAAAUGCCAAACGCUGCCUUAUUUUUUUGCUUUGUUUUAAAAUAAAUCUAGCACUUACUUUAACGUGUCGCGGCUCGGGGGGGCGGGGCUUAGAGAAAGAAAAAGCCAUCUGUUCACCUCUUCCUACAUAUUCUGUUGAAAUCACUGCACAAGAAUAAAACCUGUAUGCACAUCGAUGAUCGAGAAAACGAGCAGCCUUGAGACUCUGAGUCGACGGAGCAGAUCGACACACCAUGAAGUAUUCUGAUAUGAAGCCACUUUUUAAUUCCUGGAUGUUCUUGCACUUCCUGAUCGUCAGAACGUAGCCCUGCUGUACCCGUCUGUCCGUAGCGGUAUAGUUAGAUCUACUUUACACCGUACUGCACUUUAUAACCGCUCUGUGAUUUAAGCACUCGGCCGUCUCUGACAUCACCACAGUGAGCUCGAAGCAUACAAAAAAUAAAAAACAUCCCAAAACAAUCGAGUUGUCUCAGUUCUGCUGUUGAGACAUAUUUACAUGUGACUCUUCUUCCAUGUCUUCCAUUUCGACCCUUUUCUUUCUGUCUUUCUUUUUUUAAUUUAAGUAUAAACCGAUUGUAUUUUGUCCUCGAUUGUGUAGCGGGUGGAAUGUGCUUAAGGUAGUGUGUUAAGAUUGGAAAGUUUACAAUCCGUGAUGCAAUUCUGUUUCACAAAUUUUGUAUAUUUAAUAAAGAAUAUUUUGUGUUUCUUGCUCACCGUA